GCUCCUGCUGAUAUAUAACCCUCAUGUCUGGGGCUGAUGCAAUCCUUCAAGAAGACCGAACGUGUCGUCAGCUUCACCAGCUAUUAAAGACAAACAUCCUUUCUCUGUAACUAACCAAGGCGCCAAGAAACAAGGGACACUCGUAACUUCGAGUUUUAUAAAGAUCACCCAGCUAAUUAUCUGGAGAGAGCCUGUGUUUCGCAGACAAAACGAAGCAGAGCAAGCGAGGCGCUCCGUCAUUCAUUCCAAUCCCGGUGACUGUGAAGAUGCCUUUUAUCAGAGCAUUCAGCAAGGUGGCUAAGCAGGCCCUCCUGAGCCCAGGAUGUGGCUGUCAGCCAAUCACAGUGGCCAUACGGACCAUCAGCUUCUCACCUCGCCAGGUCACCUCAGACGCCAGUUUCCACUCCGUGUCCUUCUCCGAGACGGACCAUCCCAAGGUGCUCAUCACAGGUGGCCUUGGACAGUUGGGCGUAGGGCUGGCUACAAUGUUGAGGAAGCGGUUCGGAAACAACAACGUGAUCCUGUCGGACAUCAGGAAGCCUCCAAGUCACAUCUUUCACAGCGGACCCUUCAUCUACUCUGACAUCCUGGACUAUAAAAACCUGCGUGAGAUCGUUGUCAACAACCGCAUCACCUGGUUGGUUCAUUACAGUGCCCUGCUCAGUGCCGUGGGAGAGUCCAAUGUCGCUCUGGCACGGGACGUCAACAUCACUGGGCUCCACAACGUCCUGGACAUUGCAGCGGAGCACGGACUGCGUCUGUUUGUUCCCAGCACCAUCGGAGCUUUCGGGCCCACCUCUCCCCGGAACCCGACCCCUGACCUCUGUGUCCAGAGACCCAGAACCAUCUAUGGGGUCUCCAAAGUCCACGCAGAGCUCAUGGGAGAGUACUACCACCACCGCUACGGCCUUGACUUCCGUUGUCUGCGCUACCCAGGCAUCAUCUCUGCUGACUCACAGCCUGGAGGAGGAACGACAGACUACGCGGUAGCCAUCUUUCACGACGCCGUAAAGACGGGGAAGUUUGAGUGCAACCUGAAGCCAGACACGCGGCUGCCCAUGAUGUACAUCGACGACUGUCUGCGUGCCACCGUGGAGAUGAUGGAAGCGCCCGCAGACACCCUCUCCAUGAGGACCUAUAACAUCAACGCCAUGAGCUUUUCCCCUGAAGAACUGGCUCAGGAGGUCCAGAAACAGCUGCCGGACCUGGAGGUCACCUACGACAUCGACCAAGUCAGACAGGCCAUCGCCGACAGCUGGCCAAUGAACUUUGACGACUCUAACGCGCGGAACGACUGGGGCUGGAAACACGACUACGACCUCCCGGAGCUCGUCCAGACCAUGCUCAACUACAUCGGCUCAGACUCGCGCAUCGCAAAGGCUAACUGAGGGGGCCAGAGGUGGCGUGAUGCUG